AUGUCAAGCUCCACAGACUUGGUGAAAACUUGUAUUAAAAAUGCGUCUCAGCAAUUUGAUGAAUGUUUGACAAUGGCAAAAGAGAAUCCAAUACUAGCAGGCAUUGCCGAAGUGCUCGACGUCCAAAAAAUCGUAUUCGACCACGCCGUACUUGAAUAUUUGCUAGACAGCAGGCUUAUGAUGGAAAAAAGCGCCGAAUUGUCCAAUGCGGUUGAGAGUCUCGGGCCAACUUGUACAGAUAUCGGACAGUUUAUGAAUGCAGUCAGGGCACUUGUAACUUUUGCGCAAGAAUAUGAGACCUAUGCGAAAAAUUUAGCGCAAGUUUUCAGAGAUAUCUACGUAGCGUUGACAAACUGUUCAAAGGAUGCAAACGAUUGCUUGGAGAAAGAAGUUCAAGAGAAGAUGGAGGAAAUGGACAAGUUAUUGAAAGACAUUGACAAUGCAAAUGGAACGAAGACAUUUGGAAAGGUCUUUGCAGGACUUGGCGCGACGGGUGUGGCCGGAGCAAUCACCGUUGGUAUUCUUGCUCCCCAAGUCGCACUCGGAGCAGCUGCUGUCGCAUCUUUGAGCGGCUUGGUAGGAGUCGGUGGUGCGGCUACUAUAAAGAGCAAGGGAAAUAGUAUUACAGCGCUCACGGGAGAUAUACAAGGUUUAAUGGUUAAAAUAGAUAACAACGAAUUAAUGAAAGCGUUAUGCACGAAUUUAGAAGAUUCUGCAAAAGAGAUCAGGCAAAUAGAAAUCCAUUGGCAAGCACGAGGUGUCGAGGCAGAGAGGUUAUUCGAGAGGCUGCAGGGCUAUGAGAAUAAAGGAAGACAUUUGGGCCUACUCGAGGCGAAAGCAUUUAGACGAAAAUGGACAAACUACCAAACCGAUUUUGAAAGAUACUCAACCGAAAUAUGGCAGUAUCUUUCGGAACAAGUUCAAGACAGAUAUGAAACUGUAAUGUCAUAA